AUGAACGCCAUCCAGCAGAAGUGCCGCCCAAAGCACCAGGUCCUUGUGCUGAAAUGUUACCCCCGAACCACCAAAGGAGCGGUUGACGUCAAGCCAAACUCUAGCGAGCUGAGCUACCUGCUGUUCUACGCAACGUCCCGCCGAUCCAAGAUUCAAAAAGUCGGCAGCUUUCUCGAGAAGAAGACGGCCAGCGACGUAUGGCGGCUGAGAAUUGGCAAUGUCCAAGUCACACUACAAAUCAUCGCCGCACUGAUCGAAAAAUCCCCAAAGGACCUGCCCUUGUUUGCCCAAAAUGUCAUCAAGGUGCUCAGUCUUGUCUUGCGCUCAAACGACAUCACCAUGGUUGAAGCCUCGCUGCCGACGUUUGAGACAUUCUGUGAAUACCACGACGCCACCUCGCUGUUUGCCGACCAGAGCUACGUCCGCCAAUACGAAGACAUUGUGCGCGCGUAUGCUACCUUCGCAUCGACUCGUCAGACCCCCGGCAAGGGGACACCGAGCGAACCCGUCGCCGUCAGAUGGAGAACCGCCGGUCUCACAGCCAUAAGGAGUGUAGCCGAGUCUGACGCGUUGGCCUCGGUAGCUGGUCGCCAGCUCGACGUCAUCGUCCCAAUGAUCUUGGAGAACCUCUGGACCGACAACGACAAUUUCCUUGACGUCCUGAUACACCGCAUGGAGGCCGAACAGAAGGGUGACGCCAGCACGCUGGUCCGCCGCCGAACGAGCGUCUCGACCGUCAGGACUACCGAGGAGCCUGGCGACACCAACCCCAUUGCCUUGUCUGGCUCAACCGCCGAUGCCGACGCCCUCGCCGAAGAAGAGACUGGUCUGCUUGCCAUGCAAUGCCUGAAGCAGAUCUUCAUCGUCCCCAACCGAGCACAAGUACAUGCAGCCACUCAAGCCCUUCUCAAAUUCAUACACGAACGAGUCCAGCAGAAAGAGUCGGUCGUCAACCCUGACGAGAAGGGUCGGGAUGGUGGCUGGGCCAUCAAGAUCUACGGACUGGCGGCCAAAUGGGCCCCGGUACAAGACCGAUAUGUCAUUCUCGUUACUGCCUUGGAUGCACUCAUCCACGUGCAGCCCACGGACGAGAACCUGCGCGAGCAGAUAGUGCUUGUGGCCAUCAUGAGCUCGUUGCUGCGCUCCGAUGUCAAUCUGAUUGGCCUGAGCAUCAUGGAUGUGCUCUUGGGCCUGGUUCAGCAGAUGAAGAAGGUCAUGAAGCACUCGGGACGCCUCAGCCAAAGGAAGGAAGAAGCUGGCCCGGCACAGCCAGCCGAUUCUCAGCACGGUGAGCUCCUGGGCAGGAUAGAGAGGUGCAUCGGCGACCUGGCAACCCAUGUCUACUAUGCCGAUCAGAUCUCAGACAUGAUAUCGGCCAUAUUGCUUCGCUUGAAGCCGCACCCGAGCACAAAUACUCCGACAUCGCCAGUGGAGAGAGCAGAAAACCAACAGGCGCCAGAGACUUCGGCGGGGACAUUGGUCGAUGACCAGCAGCUGGAUAGCUUCUUUGCAUUAGACCUUGCCAAGACAGCUGCUCUGAGGGCGAUCAAGGCCAUCCUCCUGGUCGCUAAUCCUAAAACCAAGAUCAGUGGGAAUGUCAGCCUCACCAGGAAUAAGGUCCCCAUCCAUGUGUGGGAAGGCACGCACUGGCUUCUGCGCGAUCCAGAUGGCCACGUGCGCAAAGCAUAUGCAGAUGCGGUCAUAACGUGGCUCGACCGUGAGACGACUAGAGCAGAUCUCCUUGCUCGGGAUGAGACCCCCAAGCCAGCCAAGGCUCACAACAAGGAUGUCCCGCCCUCUAACUUUGCGAGAACGGCUGUCUCGAACGCCUCCGGACGAGACAAGUCCGCAAAAGCACCUCGUUCUCAUUUUUUGCAAUUGCUGCAUCUGUCCAUUUAUGACAAUGCAUUGCAAUACGUCGAGUACGAAACGGACGUUGCUUUGUGUCAUGCCUUACUGGCCAAGCUGGUCGACAAGCUUGGCGUCAAUGCUGUUCGCUACGGCCUUCCCAUGGUCUUCAGACUCCAGGAGGAUAUCCAGGAGGCCGAGACACCGCUUGACAAGGUCAGACUGGGCGCUCUCUGCCAUGGAUAUUUCUGGGCGCUGACGGAGAAGUUUGACUUUGACACCUCAAUCGUGGGUCAGGCCGUGCAAAACGAGAUCGUCAGAAGGAGGAGCAAGCAUUUCUGGGUCGAGGGCAUCCAGGUUCCUCCACCGUUCCUUGAGUUGAUUGGUACACCUGGCACUCAUCGGCCGCAGCCUAAGAUGCCUGUCAAUGAGGUCGAAUUCGAAGCUUUGCUGCCAUUUGACGAUAGGAUCACCAUGGUGGAGUGCAUAUGCAGUCAUUAUCAGCGGGGUGAGGCAUCGCCUCCAGUGAGUCCAUCUGCUUCGCCGGGGCGAUCGUUUACACUACCCAUCUUGAGCUCGAGCCUCAGCUCAAUACCUCCAGCCGAGACAGACCGGGAACUGCCAAUCAAGUUCCGGGAAGAUAUGUUGACUGAGUGGACAAGAGAGGCGGCUGUUAUUGCGCUUCAGGAGGGUAGCAAGUCGGCAUCUCUCAAUGGUUCCAAGACCAACACCACCAUGACCAGAAACAAUCGCCUGGCUGUCCACAUGGCCAAUGGCCACCCUCACAGCGGCGCGGGAUCACCAGUAAACAGCAAUCACAACUUGAGACCGGCGUCUCAUGCAGGAGGACUCGGCGUAGGAGGGUUGCGCAAGUCGAGCGUUCAAAGCCGUGUUUCUGCUCGAAGUAGUUCAACCAACAGGGGUGUCGGAGUCGCCUCUGUCGAUCAGCUGAAAUCGGUUCUCAGCGGAGACGGUCCGCGGCCUCAGACGCUGCACACGGUGCGUGAUGACGACAGCAGCGACAGUAUAGCCAGCUACGAUUAUUCACCCUCGGAACUGUCCUUCAACCCCAACACGGGCGAUGCGGUGGACCACCACGCAGAAUUUGGUGUGGCGCGCUCCAGGUCUAAAUCACGAGAGCGUAAAGGGUCCGGUGGUUCAGGUGGUCCUCUAUCGUCUCACCCUGCCAAUGGAGACGAUGAUUCAGAUAAUAGCGUACCGCCUGUUCCUCCGAUUCCAGACUCUGUCGGUGGAAGUGCGGUGGCGACUAGUUUCUCUCGACCAAUGACUGCUAUAUCGACGAAAGACCACGCAUACAAAUCUUCGAGGAAGAGCAUCAAGAGCCGGGGUGGCGAAAGCGUCGGCACCAGCGCCUUUACGGACAGUGAAAGCCCAGCCUUUGAUCUGCAGUCCUUACUCAAAGGGAUUGACAGCAAGUCCAGGGAACACACGUUGGGAAAUCUCACCAAGCCACCAUAUUGA